CCGCCCCGCCGGGGCAAGUGGCAGUGGCGGCGGCUGCUGUGGCCCCACUGCCCCCGCGCCGCGACCAUGACGGACCGCUCCGCCUUCGACACCAAUGUCAUCACCAUGACCCGCUUCGUGAUGGAGGAAGGCAGGCGGGUGAAAGGCACCGGGGAGUUCACGCAGCUCCUCAACUCCCUGUGCACGGCCAUCAAAGCCAUCUCCACCGCCGUCCGCAAAGCGGGCAUCGCCAACCUCUAUGGGAUUGCUGGGUCUACCAAUGUGACAGGCGAUCAAGUGAAGAAGUUGGACAUCCUUUCCAAUGACCUGGUGAUUAACAUGCUCAAGUCAUCCUUCAGUACAUGUGUUAUUGUGUCAGAAGAAAACAAGGAUGCUGUGAUAGUGGAAACUGAGAAACAGGGUAAAUACAUAGUCUGUAUAGACCCUCUAGAUGGCUCAUCAAACAUUGACUGUCUUGUUUCCAUUGGGACCAUCUUUGCCAUCUAUAGAAAGGUGUCACCUGAGGCACCUUCUGGGAAAGAUGCUUUGCAGCCUGGGCGUAAUCUUGUGGCAGCUGGUUACGCUCUCUAUGGUAGUGCCACAAUGCUGGUACUGGCCACUUCAGCUGGAGGUGUCAACUGUUUCAUGCUGGAUCCGGCAAUUGGAGAAUUCAUUUUGGUGGAUAGGGAUGUGAAAAUCAAAAAGAAGGGAAAUAUCUACAGUCUCAAUGAAGGCUAUGCUAAAUACUUUGAUCCUGCAGUCACAGAGUAUCUCAAAAAGAAGAAAUACCCUGAGGAUGGCAGUUCACCAUAUGGUGGGAGGUACAUAGGAUCUAUGGUGGCUGAUGUGCAUCGCACACUGGUGUAUGGAGGAAUCUUUCUGUAUCCUGCUAACUCCAAAAGUCCCAAAGGAAAGCUGAGGCUGCUCUAUGAAUGCAAUCCUAUGGCUUUUGUUAUUGAGAAGGCUGGGGGAAUAGCAACAACUGGGAAUCAAGCAAUACUAGAUAUAGUGCCUGAGGAUAUCCACCAAAGAGUGCCUGUUGUCUUGGGAUCUCCUGAUGAUGUGAAGGAGUACCUUGAGAUAGUCAGGAAGCAUUCAGCUAAGUAAAGAAAGCUUGCUGAAGUCACUGUGCAGAUGGGGAAAAAAUGUCUGACAGCUGAACCAAGAAACAUACUGCAGUACUGCAAGAUUGAACUGUCUCACCGCUGUAGCAAGAGAGAAAUGAGCCAUAUUUUCUUAAGAUUUUUUUUUUUUUUUGAGUGAAAUCUUGUGCAAUUGCAUUGUGCAAUAAAAGGCAUUUAAAGGUUGUAUUAAAGGAAGCAUUAAAAGUAAAA